GCGCCGGGGCGGGGACGGGCGGGAGCGGCCAGAGGGCCGGCGGGCCGGGAGCCGCCAGUCCGGCUGCAGUGGGGCCGGCCGGGCGCGGCGCUGCCUCCUCGGCAGCGCGAGCAUGAAGGAGGCGGCCUGAGGGCCGGAGCCGACCCGGGGCUGGAGCGCGGGGUCCGACCUACCGUAAACAUGGCAACCAGUGCCGUCCCCAGUGACAACCUCCCCACGUACAAGCUGGUGGUGGUGGGAGAUGGGGGUGUGGGCAAGAGUGCCCUCACCAUCCAGUUUUUCCAGAAGAUUUUUGUGCCUGACUAUGACCCCACCAUUGAAGACUCCUACCUGAAACACACAGAGAUUGACAAUCAGUGGGCCAUCCUGGACGUUCUGGACACAGCUGGGCAGGAGGAGUUCAGCGCCAUGCGGGAGCAGUAUAUGCGCACGGGGGACGGCUUCCUCAUCGUCUACUCGGUCACGGACAAGGCCAGCUUCGAGCAUGUGGACCGCUUCCACCAGCUCAUCCUGCGCGUCAAGGACAGAGAGUCCUUUCCGAUGAUCCUUGUGGCCAACAAGGUCGAUCUGAUGCAUUUGAGGAAAAUCACCAGGGAGCAAGGAAAAGAAAUGGCGACCAAACACAAUAUUCCGUACAUAGAAACCAGUGCCAAGGACCCACCUCUCAACGUCGACAAAGCCUUCCAUGACCUGGUUAGGGUAAUUAGGCAACAGAUUCCAGAAAAGAGCCAGAAGAAGAAGAAGAAAACCAAAUGGCGGGGCGACCGGGCUACCGGCACCCACAAACUGCAGUGUGUGAUAUUGUGACGGGCCUGAGGCCCUGGCCAUGGUGACUGUGAACUGGCCGGCCCUCGGGGCCCUCCACUGCCUAACCGCGCUGAAAACCAUUUCUAACCACGACCCUCAGCCCGAGGACCUGGCUCAGGAAGGGAGGAAGGGAGGGUGGGCAGGGAGGAGCGAGGCUCCGACUUUGCCAGAAGGGCACAGGCUUUCCCACGUCUCAAGAGAGACAGGGAAGCAAUGCUAAACAGAAGCAGCAUCCAAGCCCCUCACGUUGACUCAACCCGGUUCCUCCCCAUCUCUCGGUGGCUGUUGUUUCUUUGAAGUACACA